AUCGGCCACUAUCAAGGCCGCGCAUGGCAUGGUUGGAAAAUUGAGGAGGGCCCGCACCAAGGCCCUGAGGCUUCAGAUGGCCGCGGAGGCCACCCACCUCGUGGGCAUUCAAGAGGCUCGCACCCCCCAGGGGUCUCGCAUUGCUGAUGGGUUUUACGUGCUGUCAUCGGGGGCGGGCAAGGACGGCCUUGGAGUUGAACUCUGGAUCAACGCCCUCAGCCCCUAUUCCACUAGAGGCCACAAGAAGUUCUGUCUUGCCUGCCGUCAUGUGCGUGUGCUCCACAGCUUCGACAAUGGCAUGCAGGUGAAAGACCACUACCCGAUCUUCGCCACAUUUCGCUGGGCUGCAGCCUCGACCCGCAACCAAG